AUGAAAGACAUACUUUCAAGGAAGAGACAAUUGGGAGAAUUUGAAACAGUCGCACUUACUGAAGGGUGCACUACUAUGCUGACAAAUAAAUUGCCUCCAAUGUUAAAAGACCCAGGAAGCUUCACAAUACCUUGCUCAAUUGAUAACCAAUAUGUUGGGAAGGCCUUUUGUAAUUUAGGUGCGAGCAUAAACCUUAUACCCAUGUCUGUGUUUAAAAAGCUGGGAAUUAGUGAAGCAAGACCUACCACUAUGACCUUGCAAUUGGCAGAUCGAUCAUAUGCACACCUAGAAGGUAAAAUUGAAUAUGUCCUGGUAAGGGAAGAUAAAUUCAAUUUCCCUACUGAUUUCAUUAUAUUAGACUAUGAAGCUGACAAAGAUGUGCCUAUUAUUCUAGGUAGACCUUUUCUUGCAACAGGUAGGACUGUGAUUGACGUUCAAAAGGGUGAAGUAACUAUGAGGGUGAAUGAUCAACAAAUCACUUUUAACGUUUUCCAAUCUUUGAAAUGUGCUGAUGAUAUAGAAGAGUGUCAUGCUGUCAGUUCGUUAGACUCUGUUGUGGAAGAGAAGUUAAAAAAAACCAUGACAAAGAGCAUAAUGAAUUGGAUUCAGUUGACAUUGAUGAUAAAGGGCCAUUAG